AUGUCAACAGGAACUGGAGUGAUUUCGAUAUUCCCUGGCGGCAGCAGCUCGCGACCAUUCUUACAUAUGUUGAACCCCAUGGGUCGCACGUACCAGGGCUAUGUGCGAGCAGACCAAGACGUGCUGCAAGAAGAAGAGGAGGAAGAGGGUGAGCAUGCAAACGGAGACCUAGAGGCUGGCCAUGCGAACCGCAGCACGCUCUCCACUGUUACCAAGUCAAAGUCGCAUGGAAAGCGCAGAGGAGGGUGGUCAGGGGAUGGCUCCGAGAUGGAUGUAUUGAGACCGAACAUCCGGCAGAACGACCCGAAGCAGGAGGAAGAGUCGUCUGACGAGGAAGUCCCGCAGAAUCUGAUGAUUGAGUCUCCCUCUCUUGGUACGCGAAGACCGACGUCGCCGUCUGCUGUACACAAGGGUAAGGCGAAGGAGAUACGAAGACAGCCUCUGUACUCUACCUCGCGCAAGCAGAAUCCGCCCAUAUUACCCACGACCUCCAAUGGUACUCCUGUAUCUAUCCCUCCCAGACCGUCCGAGCUGGAUCUCGAUGAAGCACAAGAAUCACGACCUCUGCAUGAACAUCAGUCGAAACAUAUGCGUGGCCUUGACGCACACGAGCGUGCACUGUGGAGCUGGGUCAAUGUCUACAAUCUAGACGCAUUCCUGCAGGAGGUGUACCUAUAUUAUGAAGGCAAAGGGAUAUACAGUAUCGCCCUAUCUCGCGGACUUAAUCUUCUCACAGUCGGGUUUGUGAUCGGCUUCUCGACCUUCCUCCUGGGAUGUGUCGACUAUUCCCGGAUACGACACGACAAGGUAACGCGAUUAGAUGAGGUCAUAGUGAAUCGUUGCGUGUCAAGGUUCUCCGGAUUCACGCUUAUAUUCUUUAUUCUCUUCACCGCUUUCCUUGCCUGGCAGAGCGUCACAUACGUGCUAAGCAUUGUCCGCCUAGUCGAUAUGUAUCGCUUCUACACACAUCUACUACGCAUACCUGAUGCAGAUAUUCAGACAAUCUCCUGGCCAGAAGUUGUACGGCGUAUAGCCGCAAUACGCGAAGACAACCCACUUACGGCCAUCUCCUCCACAGGGGCCGGCCAGUCGAUCACCGCGAAGCUGGACGCGCACGACAUUGCUAACCGCAUCAUGCGCCAGGAGAACUACUUGAUCGCUUUGUUCAACAAGGAGCUACUAGACCUGCGCGUGCCACUGCCACCCUUCAUCAAACAGUUCAUAUUUGUGAAAGAAGAUGGCAAGGGUCGCACGCUGACCAGGGCGCUCGAGUGGAAUCUGCGCUUCUGUCUGAUGGAAUAUUUGUUCGACUCUAGUGGUCGCGUGAGGAAGGUGUUUCUCAAGUCGAAGAAUCGAGCAGUGUUGAUUGAAGGAUUACGCCGGCGGCUCAUAUUCAUGGGCGUCUUGAACGCGAUCUUCGCCCCCUUCAUUGUACUCUAUCUCGUUAUGUACUCGUUCUUCAGGUACUUCGAGGAAUAUCACAAGAAUCCAUCCAAUAUCGGCGGAAGACGAUAUACACCAUUCGCGCAGUGGAAGUUUCGCGAGUUCAACGAAUUGCCGCACCUCUUCAAGCGACGUCUGAGCGAGUCAUAUCCGACUGCCAGCAUGUACAUUGGGCAGUUCCCGAAUGAGAAAGUGACACUCAUCGUCCGCUUCAUCGCAUUCAUUGCUGGGUCAUUCGCUGCCGUCCUGCUCCUUGCAUCCGUCAUGGACCCGGACUUGUUCGUUCACUUCGAGGUCACACCUCACCGCACCGUCUUGUUCUAUCUCGGCGUCUUCGGUUCAAUCCUAGCAGUCGCACGAGGGAUGAUCCCUGAGGAGAACAUGGUUUUCGAUCCGGAGAUGCUCAUGACGGAAGUUGUGCAGUACACGCACUAUAUGCCCGAAGAAUGGCAGGGCCAGCUGCACUCAAAGAAGGUGCACGAGGAGUUUGGUGAGCUCUUCGCGAUGAAGGUCAUGAUCUUUGCGCAGGAGUUGCUGUCAGUGAUCCUGACACCGUUCGUGCUUUGGUACUCGCUUCCGCCUUGCGCGCCGGCCAUUAUCGACUUCUUCCGUGAGUUCACCGUACACGUGGACGGAAUCGGGUAUGUGUGUAGCUUCGCGGUCUUCGACUUCCAGCGACACGGAAAUGUCAAGUUCGGGGCGCCCACGAAGGUGCAGGACGAGCGUUUGCUGUCAAAGGAGGGCAAGAUGGAGAAGAGCUUCCUGAAUUUCAAGGCUGCCCACCCCGAAUGGAUGCCCGCGGACCCGAGUGGCUCCCUGUACCUGAGCCGCAUCGCCGACUUCAGCGCCGCGCAUCCCGUUGGGCUCGGCCGACGACGCCUCCUGCGGCGCCCGUCCGACGGUGGCGGUGGCGGCGGGGGGCGCCCAGCUUUCGGGCAAGACAGCAGCGGCACGCUCAACGCGACGGCCCAGGGGGACCCUGCGCUCAGGCAGAGCCAGGUGCAAGGCGUACGCCGGCGGGGCAGCGCGCUGAUGCAGAGCACGCGCGGGUUCGGCGUGGGGCAGCUAGGCAUGACGAGUAUCGUGGGCGGCACAGGCGGGGACACGGGUGUGUCGACGAUCUUCCAGUCCGCGGCGGGGAUGGAUAUGGCGCGGACGGCGGUGCUGGGCGACUCCCAGGGGAGCGUCAUGCCCGGUGCCACUGGCGCGGGGGCCGGCGCAGCGUCGGUGAUUCCGGAGGAGGAGCUCGCGGCGGACGGCGGGGUGGGAAGCAUGCUGGGCGAGUCUUAUGUCGACGGCCGGCGGCCGGGCGCGGGGUUGGCGGGACCGACUCAGAGCCAGCUGGACGCUGAGGAGGAGCUCGAGGACGGUGGCGUGCUGGGGUUGCUUGCACAGAUCUAUGGGACGGGCGCGAAUGUGAAGGGGCGGGGUAGGGGACCGCCGAGAGCGAUCUGA